AUGCGCUACGCGGACCCCUCGGUGAACAGGGACUUGCUGGGGAACCGAACUUUGCUCUUCAUCUUCAUCUGCGCCUUUGCCCUGGUGACUUUGCUGCAACAGAUCUUAUACGGCAGGAACUACAUCAAGAGAGGCCUCCAGUUUGGUUGGCAGAGUGGCGACCAGCUGGACAAUUGGACGGGGCUCUUUAAUGUCACGGACGACCCAGAGUUACCCGGCGGCAGUGACACCAGCUCCAGGUACUUUGAAUUUUACGAGGGCCCUUUAGAAUAUAACUCCACGAGAUGCCUGGAGCUGAGGAACGAGAUCUUGGAGGUGAAGGUGCUGUCCAUGGUGAAGCAGUCGGAGCUGUUCGACAGGUGGAGGAGCCUGCAGAUGUGCAAAUGGGCGCUGAACAUCUCUGAAGCCAACCAGUUCAAGUCCACUCUGUCCAGAUGCUGCAAUGCCCCCUCCUUCCUCUUCACCACCCAGAAGAACACGCCCCUGGGGACAAAGCUCAAGUACGAGGUGGACACCAGCGGCAUCUUCCACAUCAACCAGGAGAUCUUCCGCAUGUUUCCCAAGGACAUGCCCUACUACCGGUCCCAGUUUAAGAAGUGCGCAGUGGUGGGCAACGGAGGCAUCCUAAAGAACAGCCGCUGCGGGAGGGAGAUCAACAGCGCCGACUUCGUCUUCCGGUGCAACCUACCCCCCAUCUCAGAGAAGUACACCAUGGAUGUGGGGGUGAAGACGGACGUGGUCACCGUGAACCCCAGCAUCAUCACAGAGAGGUUCCACAAGCUGGAGAAGUGGCGGCGGCCCUUCUACCGCGUGCUGCAGGGCUACGAGAAUGCGUCCGUGCUGCUGCCCGCCUUCUACAACACGCGCAACACCGACGUGUCCAUCCGCGUCAAGUACGUGCUGGACGACUUCCAGGCGCCGCAGGCCGUCUACUACUUCCACCCGCAGUACCUGGUCAACGUGUCGCGCUACUGGCUCGGCCUGGGCGUGCGCGCCAAGCGCAUUAGCACCGGCCUCAUCCUGGUCACCGCCGCGCUGGAGCUCUGCGAGGAGGUGCAUCUGUUCGGCUUCUGGGCCUUCCCCAUGAACCCCGCAGGCCUCUACAUCACGCACCACUACUAUGACAACGUCAAGCCCCGGCCCGGCUUUCACGCCAUGCCCUCCGAGAUUUUCAAUUUCCUGCACCUGCACAGCCGCGGCAUCCUCCGCGUGCACACGGGCACCUGCAGCUGCUGCUGA